AUGGUGAUCAACGGCCUCGUUCCGGCAAGCAUAACGACGCUAGAGAAAAAGUUUGGAAUCAGAGGAGGCGAAAGCGGCCUAUACUCCAGCAUGUACGACAUAUCCGUGGUUCUGGCGCUGUUUCCCGUGUGCUACUUCGGAGGGGGUAGAGGCAGUAAAAGCCGAUGGCUCGGAACCGGGGUGUUUGUCAUGGGCCUGGGGUCAUUCGUCAGUACGCUUCCGCAGUUCUUCUCGCCAGCCUACGACCUGAACGGAAUCGGCAAUGACAGAGGCGACGUUUGCGAGAUCAACUCGACCAGAAAUUAUGAAGUCACCGGACCGGUGGCUGUUGGCAACGGGUGGUACUUCUACUUCGUCCUGUUACUCGGACAACUGCUGCAUGGCAUUGGUGCUUCGCCACUGUAUACGUUGGGCAUCAGUUACCUCGACGAAAAUGCGCCUCCUCGUUACUCAGCCCUCUACAUUGGCAUUUACUACGCCUGCAGCACGGUCGGAGCAGCAAUUGGUUUCGUUUUAGGAGGGUUCUUUCUGAACAUCUACGGCGACGUUGACAAAGUCCAAAUGGAAAAGUAUGACCCUUGGCGGCUGACCGCCAAUUUUGAAGCCUUUCAGCAUUUUAGUAUUACCAUUCAAUCGUCUCAUUCAAAAUGGUAUGGAGCUUGGUGGAUUGGAUACUUGAUCACCGGGUUUAUAGCCAUGUUGAUCAGCGUGCCGUUGGCAUCCUUUGGCAAGGAAUUGCCGGAGGCAAAAGAAAACAAUAACCACAGAAUCGAUCAAGCAAAUUUGGCUAGCAAAUUAAAGAUUGAUGUGAAACUUCAUGAGGAUCCGAAAGCUCUUCCAAAACUUUGCUUGGGUCUUCUUUCCAACUUCACCUUCACAUGUUUGAUGAUCAGAGAAUGCGUUGAAGCGCUGUUGCUGAAUGGCUUCACGACCUUCAUUCCAAAGAUCAUUCAGAACUCGUUUUCCAUGUCUGCUAGCUCUUCGUCGAUGAUUACAGGUCUUAUUAUUGUACCAUUUGCGGUGGUGGGAAGCGUACUAGGCGGAUACUUGGUUUCGCGUUUGAACCUGAAAUGUCGUGGAAUCAUAUUAGUGGCUGCCGCAUGCCAUUUUGUAUCGACGGUAUUCAUCGCAGCGUUGCUGGUCAGCUGCCCAGAGCAGCGGUUAGUCGGGGUCGACAUUCCUUAUGAAAAUAACUUUACGGUAGCUGACGGCUUAUUGAGUAGCUGCAAUCGUGAUUGCCACUGCGACUCGGUGUUCAAUCCAGUGUGUGACAAGAAUUCCGGAAACAUUUACUUUUCGCCCUGCUAUGCCGGGUGUCUGUCAGGCGUUGACGAGCAAAUCUCCAUGAAGAAUGCUUCAGCUGCAACGGUAAUGGUUCAAAUGAUGUUUUUGUAUCUACCGUAUUAUAAAAUUCGGCUGUGGAACCAAUGCCAGUGCGUGCCGCCUGCCACUUCAGAGACAUACAUGAAUCAGACCGUCGUUGAAGGUCUUUGCUCAAAACCUUGCUCUGCUACUUAUCUCUUUUUUGCGUUGAUCGCUCUUCAUACCAUUGCAGUAUUCAUGACCGGAGUUGCAUCGCAACAGGCCAUACUCAGAUGCGUGCCGUUCGACCAAAGAACUGUUGCCUUAAGCCUGAACUGGCUUUUCGUAAGACUUUUGGGCUGCAUUCCCGGUCCAGUAAUCAUUGGGCUGUUUAUCGAUUCAACGUGUCUUUUGUGGGAAACAACGAACUCUAGUCGUUCUUGCUUGCAAUUCGACGACAGCAAGAUGCGAGGCAGUCUAUUCAUAUUUGGUAAAAUUUGA